UAUUAUGUAAGAGACGGUCUCCUCCUACUACUAGAGAGAGUAUAUAGUAGUAUGAGUCAGCACACUCAAACAGUGAGUGUUCCAACUAGGUUGAGAACGUUACUUCAAAGAUACCAAGAUGAUACCUGCAGUUACACUUAACAAUGGAGCAAAGAUGCCAAUAGUGGGUCUGGGCACCUGGAGGGUAAGUCUUAUACUUUUUUGUUUUAAACUAGCUCUGUGGGAGACUGCUAAUCUGUCCGUGCUUAACCUACUUUUCAAUGAAUAUUUCUGCUACUCUCAUUAUUUUUCACUGGUUUCACUCGUCUAUGUUAUCUGUACUAUUUAUAUUUAAUUUGUUUUUAUAUAACAAAUUCCCUAUCUUGCUGAUAGAGUCUGGUUACAAAAGAAAGCAAAGUAACAUGUUAUUUACAUAGUGCAACUACAGUACAAUAAACUGGAUUGUAGAGGCUAAGCCUACAUGACGCGAUGUCACUGGUAUGCAUGAAUUAAUUAAACAGUCCAAUAACUCCAGCAGUACUUAUCUUGUCCUUUUUGGUCUUUAUUCCAACAUCAUUUUAACAUAACAGCGCAGCGGUCACAAACUGUUUGCCUAACAGAAUAUUUCUGCAUUGUGUGUAAGGCAAGCGGGUCCAAUUGAAAGCCCUCCUAUUUCACUGAUAUUAUGUAAGAGACGGUCUCCUCCUACUACUAGAGAGAGUAUAUAGUAGUAUGAGUCAGCACACUCAAACAGUGAGUGUUCCAACUAGGUUGAGAACGUUACUUCAAAGAUACCAAGAUGAUACCUGCAGUUACACUUAACAAUGGAGCAAAGAUGCCAAUAGUGGGUCUGGGCACCUGGAGGUCAGAACCAGGAAAAGUGACUGAGGCCGUGAAAGUCGCCAUAAGUUGUGGCUACAGACACAUAGAUGGCGCUUAUGUGUAUCAGAAUGAAGAAGAAGUUGGAGCUGGAAUCCAUGCAAUGAUUGAUCAAGGAGUGGUAAAGAGGGAAGACCUAUUUGUUGUGAGCAAGUUAUGGUGCACCUUUCACCUUCCAUCUCUGGUGAGAACAGCUUGUGAGAAGACUCUCAAGGACCUGAAGCUGGACUACCUGGAUCUUUACCUCAUGCAUUUCCCAAUGGGGACCAAGCCAGGAGAUGAUCUUUUUCCUUUGGAUGAGAAUGGGCAGGUUAUUUCUGACAACAGCAACUUCUUGGACACUUGGGAGGCAAUGGAAAAGCUGGUGGAUGCUGGUUUGGUCAAAGCUAUCGGCAUUUCCAACUUCAACAAAGACCAGAUUGAAGCCAUACUUAACAAGCCUGGCCUCAAGCACAAGCCUGCCAACCACCAGAUUGAGUGCCACCCAUAUCUGACCCAAGAGAAGAUGAUCAACUACUGCCACUCAAAAGGCAUCACAGUGACAGCAUACAGUCCUCUGGGCUCCCCUGACAGACCCUGGGCUUCAUCUGAUGAACCCUCGCUGCUGGAGGAACCUAAGAUCAAGGCCAUUGCUCAAAAGUACAAGAAAACUCCAGCACAGGUUCUGAUUAGGUUCCACAUCGAAAGAAAUGUGGUUGUCAUUCCAAAGUCAGUAACACCCCAUCGCGUCAAGGAAAACUUCCAGCUGUUUGACUUCAAGUUGAGCAAAGAUGACAUGAAGGACAUCCUCAGCUUGAAUAAGGACUGGAGAGGCUUCCCAUUGCAGUGGGCUUCAAAACACAAAGACUUUCCCCUUAAUGCAGAAUACUAACUCAAUAUGGUUCACCAUGCCUUGUUUAUAUCAGUUUUUCAUCCUCUAAUCUAAAAUUUACAUUUUUAAACUCUUGCUUGCAUGUUUCCUGCAGAA